GCUCAAUUGAGUACCGGGAGUUUACCGGCUAAACGAAAAAAUUGAACGAUUUUGAAGAGUCGGAGGAUUGGAUUGGACCUUUUUUUAGUUCGGGUACCCAAUUGAGCUAUUGAUAUGAGUACAGGGACCUAUUUGACCCUUUAGCCUUUUUGUAAAUGGCAACUUGUAUUCAAUAGCUUUAGUUUAUCCUCUACUUCUUCUGUAUACUCGCGGCUUAAUUAGAAUAGAGAUUCAGCGUUCGGCCCUGUAAGGGUGUGCUGUAAGUAGGGAUGACAAUUUAACCCGACCCGAUGGAUACCCGCACCGAACCGAACCGUUCAAAAUGGGGAAACCCGCUUUGACUGGGUAACGGCUAUGGGGCGGGGAAUACCCGAUUUAUGUAAACGGGUAAUGGGGCGGUUAUGAGUUUAUACCUACCCGCCCCGUUACCCGCCCCGUUUAAUUUGCAUACGGUUACCCGCACCAUUACCCGACUCACAAAAUUAACUUACACAUUUUAAUAGUUUAUGUAUUUAUUAUUUAAUAUAUUAAGUAUAUAUGAAUAGUAGUACAUUAGUAUAUGACACUUAUUCUCUCUAAUUUUUUGAAAAAUAUUCAACUAAUCGGCUAUCCUUUGCAAUUCUGAGGAGUUGGUGCUCAAAGUUCACUAUUUUAGAUUUUAAAUUUUCAAUAUCAUUCAUCAUCCUUCCUUUGUUAACUUUUAUAAGAUUUAUUUUCUUCACAUAUGGAUUAUUUGAUUUUCGUGAUUUUCUGUACACAAUUUUCACAUUGUGACUCUCUUAAUUUUUAACCUCAUAACUUUCAUAAAGCUCACAUGUGAGUUUAAAGUCCAAAUAUUGGGAAACAUUACUCUAGAUUGCUUUAAUUUAUGUAAUUGUUAAUAAUUUUGUAGAAGUGUAUUGGAUGAUUAGAUAAAUUUUGAUUGGUUGUUCUAAUUUAUAUCAAGUUUUAAAUUUAAAUUUUGAGGUUUCUAAAACAAUAAAUACAAGAAUACCUAAAUCAUAGUAUUAAAAGUACAUUUUUAGAAAUAAUUCCACAUCUAUAAUCAAAAUUAAAGUUGUGGACAAAAAUGCGACUCUAGUAACUUUAGUGUUUAUAAUUUUAUUCAAAUGUUAUAUCGUAGUGACUAUAAAACUUACCCGUGGUAACUUAUAGUCACAUUUAUGUCAACAUAUUUUUUAUUAGUAAUAUUUUAGGAAAAAACUUCCCAUUUUCAUUAUGUUACUUGUAUACAUUACUGUUCUUAAAUUUAGAUGUUGAAUGCUGGUGGGGUAUGCUUAUUGGUUUUUUGGAAGUUAAAUGUUUUUUUGAUUCAUAUUUAGAUUUUACAAUCGAGACAAGACUUAAUCUUUUGAUGUUGAUGUGGUAAGAGAUUCAUAAUUUUGAAUCUAGACAUAUAUAAUUUGUGAAUAUUAGGUUCAAACGAUUGUAAUUUUUUGUGAUGUUUUAAAAAACUUUAUCUGUGGUGCUAUUUAAUUUUGAUUUGUUUUAAUUUAGGUGGUCAAUUAUAAGUAGUUAAUCAUCAUUUUAGGAUUUAUACUAAUUUUGAAGAAAAAAAUUAUCUUUUAAUAAAACGGUUACCCGUAGGGAAACCGUUACCCGCGGGAAAAACCGUUACUCGCGGAUAAAAAAUACCCGACGGGUAACGGGGUGGUUUCGGGAAAAUUUUUUAUCAAACGGGACGGGUACGAGUAAUGGUAUACCCGACCCCGAACCGUCCCGUUGCCAUCCCUAGCUGUAAGAGCACCCACAAUGGAGGGUCAACUUAGAUCAUAAAACAAAAGUAAUGGGGGUUGACCCCGACUAUAGAAGCUCACCUUGUGAUCGAUCAAGUUGCUAGAUAAAAAAUGGAAUCUGACGUUUUUCUUUUAAUCUAGCCACAAACCCCACCAACUACCCCCAGACUCUUUAAUUUAAUAUUUUAUGUAUUAAAUUAAUUUAUUUUACAAAAAAUGUUAUACCAAAAAAUCAGACUUUUUUCCUUCUAUAAAUAGACAACAAUGAAGGAUAUGUUUAGUCACUUUGAAAUCCACCACUUUUUCCCUCUUGCAUUUGAUUUUAUCUGUUUUAGAAUUUUUUUCUACCUGAAAAUGGAUCUAAACCGUUCUCCCCCCAGAUACUACACCAACAGCCCCCCCAUUCCAAAGAAUUCCUCAUUCUGCACAACAAUCUUCCGUAAGAAAUUUUCAAAUUGAUCCUGCUCAUCCGAAUUUUGGAAUAGUUAUGCAGCUAUUGCAAAAUAAUUCCAUUUCUGUAGAAUAUUCUCAUGCUACUGGUCCAUUACAUGUAAGACCAUUAUUAAAUAAAUUGUAAAAUAGUAUUAUGCGUCAAAUAUGAAUUAUGGGUGUAACCAUUCUUUUAAAACACUUUUUUAUUUAUUUAUGCACAAUAAAUAAUUAUAGUUGGCCAAAUAUGGAUUUUGUAUUCCUUUUUUCAAAUUAAAUAAAUUAAUAAAGGUGGAAUAUACCAAAAAUAAGGAGAGAGGGUGUAAACAUUUUAAGUGACCUAGGUCACCAUAGUGGGGAGAAAAAGUGAUAGAUUAGAGAGGAUUAAGUUUUUUUUGGAGGGAAGUGACGUGGAAGAGAAAGCAAUGAGUCAAAACCCAUCACCAUUGUGGAUGCUCUAAUCGUUCUAAGACAUUAAUAGAACUUGACCCACUUUACCUUUCCUACUCAUUCUUCCUAUUACUUGUGCUCACAAACCUGCAGUUAACUAUUUCAUUUAAACAUACUCAGGUCCGGUCCUGACAUUUUAUGGGCCUGAGACAUUAUAGAUAGAGUAGACCUUAAGGAUAAUGUAUGAAUGUUUUUUUAAAAAACUAUAAGUAAAAUUGAGCAAUUUUAUUAUAUAAAUAUGAGUAUAACACAUCAAAUAAAUUAAUAAAUGAGACGGUUAGAAAGAUUAUAUUUAAAUAUUUGGUUAGUGACAUCCGAGAAUACUAUGUAACUAAACCGGCAUAAUCGAAAAGUAGUACGAUUUGUAUUUGCCAUAAAGAAUUUUGAAUUAGGGAAACAUGUGAAAGUUAUAUCUUAUAUGAAGAAAAAAAUUCAUAUUUCAAAUCACAUUUAUUAAUUCUUUCAUUUCAUGAGAGAAUUAAAGAAAAAUAGCAAAAUACUACGGAGUAUCAAUGAAGUACUCCCUCCGGUCCCUAUUAAAGUUCCACUUUACUUUUUGGGAUGUCCCUUAUAACCUUAUUUAAGUUCACACUUCCAUUGUAGAAAACAAAACAGUGCAAAACAGUGCCAAACAGCGCGAAACAGUGUCCAAAAAGUGCCAAACAGUGCACUCCAUAGUAAAGUCAAAUUUAUUUUUUUAAUCUGUGUGUAGUCAAACUGGGAGUUUUAAUAGGGACCGGAGGGAGUAUGAGUUUACAUGAGAGAAGUAUAUAAAAAAAUUAACAUUUAUGUGCUAACUCUUAAUGAAUCAAAAGAAAUGGUGAAGUUUGUUUCCAAUGAAUUCUAGUGUGGAUGUUUAGUUUCAAAAUUUUAAACUUGUAGUUUGUAGAUGUUUUUGAAUAAUGAAUUGAAAGUAUAAGAAAUUAUAAGUGAUUUUUUAAUUUUUUUUAUAGAUAUAUAAUUAAAAUAAAAAUGUAUAUAUAUAACUGAGAAAUUUAUGGGCACUAGCCGAGCAAUGGGCCCUGGGCGCAUGCCCCGUUGCCCAUGCCCCAGAACCGGCCCUGAACAUACUCAACAUAUGAAGUACAUACUUACAGAUUUCAUUUUUGUACUAUCCUAAAAAAUGAAAGGUUAUGGGGGUGUUUGGAACUGAUUCUGAUUAUGCUUCUUUUUUAAAGCAGAAGCAGAAUCAGAAUCAAUUUUCAGAAGAUGGUCACCCCCAGUUUCUAAAAAAACUGAUUCUAAGAGUAAAUUAGAGCACCAGAAUCACUUCUGCACUUUUACCCAAACACUUCAACUUCUGCUUCUGCUGCCUGAAUGAGCAGAAACACUUUUAAGAAUCAAAUCCAAACACCCCUAUGUUUACUCUUUUGACAAAUGAACAUAUAUAUUAUUCAUGUAUACUUUAUCCUUCAUUUUACCUAAAAUUUAGAACUAAAAGGAAUUUAGAACUCUAUACAUGAAGUAAUAGGCAAGUAAAGAAAUAAAUAAAAAUAAAUAAAUAAAUAAAUAAAUAAAUAAAUAAUACUAUACAGUUAGUAUGUGCAUUUAUUUCUCUUUUGGACGUGCAUAUUGGUUUUUUUUUGCCGACAGUUUUGUAAAGCUUUUACUUGCAAACAUCCUCCAGUUGCAUCAUUCUCAGAGUUCUUAAAUUGGAAUCAGCGUUAUUUGCUUCUAAAUUUAUUACUCCUAUAUGAUUAUCCAGCUCUAAUUUCGCAAAUAUCGGAAGUUGUCUGCUAGUGUAGAUUUCUAAAUCUAAACCUACGCACGAUAUUUAUAAUUAUAAACAGUUUUUUGAAAUGACAAAGGAUGGUUCGCGCGUUUAUUUAAGCUAUUUUGUUUUUGUGCUUUUAAUCAUCAAUAACUCUGUGUAAGAAAAAAUGUUUUGUCAUUAUUAACUCCAUUAGUCAACUAAUCCGUCGCCCGUGUUUUGCACGUCAACAUUUAGCUUAGAGGCGGUCGCUAUAUUAUAGGAGCGGUCCUAUGACCAUUCUAUUCCCACACCUAACCGGUGGACGUAGCUCAACUGGUACCAAGAGAGUGGCACAAGAGUUAGGUCCCGAGUUCGAAUCCCGACAAAUGCGAUGAGUGGUUACUAUGCUAAAAAUGCAUAAGGCCUCUGCAAGUACCGGAGACAGAGCCCCACUCUCUAUCUGUCAGAUUGGGAUUAUAAUCCAAUUUAUAUCCUCCCGACGUACCGUUCGAUCGGGAUUGGGGUCCCUCAGGGAUGAGGUGUCAUCCUUUUUUUUUCUAUUCCCACACCCAGGGUAAGGUAGUGGAGCAGUGGGAGCAAAUACCCAACCCCCUACAUAUAUAAUAUAAUCUGACAUUUUAUAAUUUUUUUGGAACAAAUUAUUCAAAAUAAGACUACAACAUAGAGAAAAUUCUAAAAUAGGAACAAAUGUGUUUUCUAUUGAAAGAAUAAAAAUAUAAAAAAUACCUUAAAUAGGAGUACACAAGUCAUGCAUAUUUAAAGAAUAAAACAAUGAUUUAUCUAUUUGAGAAAUAUUUGCCAUUUUUAACUCCUAGGGAAUCUACUCAAAUUUCAUCUACUAUGGCUUCUUUCUAGGCAUGUAAUAUUAUUUGAUCAUCCUUUUAUAUAUACUUGUACAUGAAAAUUAUAACUUAAACCAAGUCUAAUUACAAAAUGUCAACCUCAAUUUGUGAACUUCCCUUCCCUAGUCAUGCAUAAUUGCUCCAAUUGUGUCCGCCUUUCUGCUCACCCCAUCCUAAUCACCUCAUAAUUAUUGGGUUUGUUUGGUAUUUAGCAGUUAACAAUUAGCAUAUAUCGGAUUAUGUUAGCGGGUUGUCAAUAACGGUUUCAGUCGUGGGGUUGACUAGUAGAAUAAGUUGACGGGAUUGCCAGAAAAUAUUUGAUAAUUUAGCUUUUGACCAUAACAAUUAGUAGAACAUGUCAUAUUUCAAGACACUAAUCCAAAACUCUCAUACUUGCACAUUUUAAUUUCAACUGUUCCAUCCAAAACGCCAGGAUCUAACAUUUUGCCCAAUAUCAUUUUUCAAUAACAUUUUACACUAAUCCAAAAUACUAAAAUAAGUCAAAUCGUCAUUUUUCAAUCUCCCCAAUUAUUCCUCCCAUUGUAACUGCUACGUCCAGUGAUAUCUCAACCAAGGGACAUAAGCCUUAGUUAUAAUUCCUUUACUAGGUCGCAUUUUUGAAAUGUUGUGAUUAAAAAAUUUCAUUUUAAAAUUGAUUUUAACUACCUCCUAAUAAUUACACAUAAUGGGUUUGACAACAAUAUUACCAAAACAAAAAUCAUGAGCAAAGAUAGGUUAAACAAUUAAAGGUUGUACUUUUUUACGGUCCAUUGUAAACCAGUUUCGUUGUGUUUUAGGAUGUUUUUGAAAGUUUUUGUUCUAAUUUUGUCGGAAUUGUUAAAGUAUAGUGUGGUUUGGUCUUAUAAAUAUUUGAUCUUUGUGUUGCUGAAAUCUGGUCCGAUCCAAUUUAUUUAAGUCUGAUUUGUUUAAAUCUGAUUGGGAAAACUGUCAAUUUGGUCCUUGGAUUACCACGAAAAAGUCAAUUAGGUCCUCAUACUUUUAAAAAAAUCAAUCAAAUUCCCGAACUUUGUAAAAUCAUUCAAUUGAGUCCAUUUACAGGUUACUUGCUGAUGGAGUAUAUGGCCCGGGAACACCCGGCCCACAGACUCCUACUACACCAAUGAAGGCCCAACAGGCCCAGGAGGCCCAACAGGCCCAAAUCACGGCGCCCAGAGUACCAAGCAGCCCACAAUUUGCACCAGGGGUGCCUUCGGCCCCCUGGCCGAAGGCUCCAAACUAUCACAGCAUGGAUAUUUCGAACAAACAGAGGAACUGGAAGAAAACGGCGAAAACAGUAGCCCUCAGCACUGUGAGCCCUCGGCACUCAGGGCCCCUCAGCACUAAGAGCCCUCGGCUAGUCCUCUGCAGUCGAGGGCACCUCUCCCGACAUGAUAUCCGCCUCACAUGCGUGCAGAUCACCGUACCCUGCACAGACGUCCCAUCCAACAGCCGCAUUAAAUGCGGCCACAUGCGGCUGCCAACGCCAACCAGUUGAGGUGACCCCCCGGCCAAUAGGCGCUUGACACGUGUCCCUGCCCGACAUUUAUUGCUACUAUAAAUAGCACCCCAUUUCCCCGUUUGUAACCACGACAUUCAUACUGCAUACACUCUCUCUACAUUUACCUACUCGCUCUGACUUCUCUCUAAGUUAUUCCCCGCAAUAACCCUCCGGAUAUAUACCCCCGGGUAGACUAUCCAUCAUUUGGUGCUCUCGUUGAGAGGUCGAACAAUCAAGUAAGAAACCCCCCCCCCUCGACCAAACACAAAACACCUAGCUAAAAUGGUGAGAACAACACGUGCCAACUCAAAGAACGUAGAAGACAAGAACCUGGCCCUCGGCGACGUCAACGCCCCCGAAGCCUCUCACAGGGCUCCCGAGGGCGGUGUCAUCGCUGGGCUGGAACAGGCGGCUGUCGACUUACGCCUUCAGAUCCAACAAAAUGCCCCUGAUGCCCGCCUCGGCAUCGAGGCCAAGAAGAAAAACCGGAGCGAUGACCAAGUCAGCCCUCCGGUUCUCACCAUCGACGUACAAUCGGCGCUCUCCGCCUUCAUCCAAACGCUCACUCAGAACCCGGGUGCCUUCGGCACCCUGGCUCCGGCUCACCCCCAGGUUGGGGAAAACAUCAUACUUCCCCCUCCGCCACACCCCUUCGGAAAUCCCACCCCUCGGGUGAGGAACGACGAAGGGGUAGCGGCCCAGGACACGUCCUCCCAGGAAGUACAGUCCCAGGAUCGCCACAAUGACAACAGGGAGAGGCCCCGCACUUCCGCCCUCAAUCGGCUCGGAGGAGGGCCACACCGCCGAGGGGUCCAAGACCACCUCGGAGGAAAGGCACUCCAAAGGCCCCAGGAAAGUGGAGGGUCUGUCUCGAGGGCAGACGAGGAGCGUCCCCCUCGGGACAAAGGCAAGGCACCCCUUCAUGCCAAUGAUGCUCGCCACCAAAUCAACCAGGCCCACUCGGCCCAGGUUCUUUCUCAGGGGGCGGAGACCCUCCCGAAGGACCCCCGGGACGAAAUUAUCGUGGCCCUCCAACGCCGGCUUGACGAAAUGGAGUCCAACAAAGCUCACGCCACCACAUCCACCCCUCAUUCAGACCUCAAAUACGAGGCCAUGAUGGCCAAAAUGGAGGAAUUACAGAAGAAGGUGGCCGAGGGCUCCGGGGAACCCGUCAUCCAGCUCCGGACUCGGACGCCAUUUACCCCAAGGGUAUUGGCGACCCGGAUCCCGGAAAAAUACCGAGGGCAACACAUACAUCCCUACAACGGAAAAACGGACCCCCAGGAACACUACAGCAAAUACCAGAACAGCAUGAUGAUGGUAGGGGCGUCGGACGAAUAUUUGUGUCGUUGGUUCCUCUCCACCUUUGAGGGACCGGCAUACGAAUGGUUCAACAGGCUGCCCGAGGGCUGCAUUGAUUCGUGGCAAGAACUCGCCCAGCGAUUCUUGACACAAUUUGCCGGGAGGCGUCGCACAAGGAAGCACUUCUCCCACCUCCUAACAAUACGCCAAAAGAGGGAUGAGACCCUUCGGGACUUCCUGGAGCGCUGGAGGACGGAAGCCGACAAAGUCGACGGUGCUCAUGACGGGACCCUCCUGGCCCUCCUACAAACCGUCCUCCGCACCGGCAACUUUUCAAGGAGCCUCAUCAUUGAACCCCCCCGCGACUACAUAAGGGCUUUGCAGCGGGGGGACCGAUAUGCUGAGGCCGAGGAGGUGGAAAAGUAUCACCAGCAUCCGGACCAGCAGCCCCCGAGGGCUGACAACAAGCAUAACUGAGGGCCGGGAGCUCCUCCAAACCACCCCAAGUCUUCAGGACCCUCUGAUGACCGCCCUUGGCAAGGCCAAGCCAAGCCCGGGGGAAGUUAUAAGAGCAACCCAAAGACUUGGGCACAUCCCAUUCUCCUGGACCGCCCUCGGACACCAUUGACGCACCCCGUCAGCAUCAUCCUCGAUUUUGCCGAGGAGAGGGGCCUUAUUGAGCGCGACUCUCGCGCACCCCCGGAGGUACAUGCUAUCAACCCUCAGUUCCCAUACUGUCGCUUCCAUCGGCACCAGGGGCACAGGACCGAUGACUGCCAUCAGCUAAAGACGGCCAUCGAGAGGUUAAUACAAGCGGGGCACCUGUCCCAAUUUGUUCAGAGCCCUCGGCAGGAGGGACCUUCUCAUCAGGGGCCUCCCUGAGGGCACCACACGAAGGUGAACGCUUGGGUAAACCCGAAUACCAUCCCCCUCGGCAAGAAGAGGAAGAUUGGAAACUUGGAAGAAGAGGAGGAGGAAUACCCCCACUACCAGGAGAAAAAACGCCACAUCCUCAUGAUCACCGGUGGCAAUACAGGGGGCCGAUUCCACCAGCCAGCGAAAGAAGUGGG